AUGAGUACUCCUGACCACGAUUCCAGCUCUGGCGUGAUGCCUUCUUUCAACACGCAGUCUGCGGAGGGUCUACCAUAUACCAAUCCCGAGUGUCACUCCCAAUCCCUUAUAAGUCCCAGCGUGACCUCGGUGGCGGAGAACGCUGAAGCCAAGCAUUUGAUCAACCCUCCUCUCGAUGAAAGCGACCCAGGACUGCGCGCUUGUCCGAUGUCAGAAUCACAUUUUGAAGUUGACCAAUCAGGAUCUCGAUAUUCUCAUGUCACUUCAAUCCCCUCGUCUCUUGAGCCGCUCAGUGAGACGUUUGAAGUCUUCACAUGGCGACCAACCUGGUUAGAUGAGAGAAAGCGGUGGUUGCCAGGUCAAUCGGUGGGUGAAAAGUACACGGCGAGGAGGGUUGCGGCACUAAGACAACCUUGGAUAAAGUGCUGCAGAAUACCGCCGGAAGAAGAUCUGAUUGCAGACGUUGAUAUUGGCACGAGCAGUCGCCCACAUGCAAGGAUCAAACACGUGGUAAUCAGUCUUUCAUUGUUUCCCGGACCGACGGAUCCAGGCAGUCAAAAUCCAAUUAUUAAGACAAUUCACCCUAGUCAAGGAGUUGUUCACACGACUGGAGAACCUACUACAGUGCAUCGGGGUAGAGAUACUUCAUUUGGCCUCUCGCUUGGUGUCAAUGCCUAUGGAAAGGUGGAUCUUACACAUACUCGCUCUCAAUCCCGAGACACAACUUCAUCAGGAAGUAUUUUCAGCUCGGGGAUUGAAACAAACAAAUUGUUAUUGACGCUGCAGGAGGAUCGUGAGGCGCGUGACGGAGUCCUUAUGACGGAAUGGCUGAGCUUGGAAGACCUACAUUGA